UUAUGCAUAUUAAUUAAAAUACAGUUGAAUAAAUUUAUAUGCAUCGUAUGGAUCAGAUUACAGUAUUGUAAGAGAUCUCCCUUAUUCUGUUACUCUUUUCCUAUACUGUUUGUAUAAACUGGACCUGUUCGCCUUUGAAUUAACUGGUUCUAGCCAGAGACAACCAGAUUUCUUAAUGAUGAUCGAACGCCCGUGUUAAUAGCCACAACGAUGGUGCAAAUCCUACUAAACAAUUACAUCCAUUGGUGGAGCAUAUACGUUCAAUAAUCACAUCAUUCCAACCAAAGCAAGCAUACAGUGCAUUACACUUUGCUUACCCCCUGAAAGAUGAAGUCACGUUUCUUGGUACUAUACUUCUUCUUGGCCAUUUCUUCAGCAGAACAACGACCAUCUGAAGAUGUAAAUGAAAUACACACUGAAAAAUAUUCACUUCUUUAUUACUUUUCAUGGGUUGAUUACACGGUGUUGGCUGCCAUGUUAAUAAUUUCAUGCCUGAUCGGCACUUUCUAUGGUUUCAUUGCUAAGAAGCAGGAAACCAGCCAGGACUUCUUGCUCGGAGGUUCGAGCAUGGGAACAUUUCCAAUGGCAAUGUCUCUCGCUGCUAGUUUCAUUACAGCUAUUGAACUCCUAGGAAAUCCUACAGAAAUGUAUAUACAUGGCACUCAAUUUUGGAUGACCUGUCUGGCUUUUAUUUUCGUUGUACCUAUUACCUCCUAUUUGUACCUGCCUGUUUACAUGAAGCUAAGAUUAACUUCGAGUUAUGAAUAUUUGAAUCUUCGUUUCAAUCGAUAUUGCAGGCUACUUGCCGGUGGUCUCUAUAUGUUACAGAUGAUCUUGUAUACAUCUGUAGCCGUAUAUGCGCCAGCGUUAGCUUUAAGCCAUGGUGAGCAACAUGAUUCAAUUAAUCCUCAUAUUCUCUUGAUUUAUUCUUCUCUUUUUACAGUCACAGGUUUAAAUACUUACAUAGCCGUCACUCUAGUCUAUGUAGUCUGUAUCUUCUACGCGUCACAGGGUGGAAUGAAAGCCGUCAUAAUGACGGACACUUUCCAGGCAGUAGUUCUUCUUGGUUCCCUUUUUCUCAUAGCUGGAUACGGUCUCUCCUGGGCAGGAGGACUUUCUUCAAUAUGGCAAAUUAAUGAAAAAUCUGGAAGAAUAGAGUUCUUCAAUAUGGAUCCUAAUCCAACCGUUCGUCAUAGUUUUUGGAGCGUGGUGAUAGGUGGAACCAUAUACUGGACAACGAUGUUUUGCAGUAAUCAAGCUUCCGUCCAAAAAUAUCUUAGCGUUAGAAGCAUUAGUCAAGUCAGAACAGCUUUAUGGGUAUCCGCUUUUGGCAUGAUUAUAAUAUAUACCAUAAAUUUCUUGACUGGUAUGAUACUUUAUGACACUUAUAAAUACUGUGAUCCUCUCUUGGCUGGUAACAUAACUGGCCAAGAUCAAUUAUUGCCACUAUACGUAAUGAAUUUCAUGGGUAAUCUCAAGGGGAUACCUGGUUUCUUCGUUGCUGGAAUCUUCGCCGCUUCUUUGGGAACUGUAGCAAGUGCUUUGAACUCAUUGGCAGCUAUAACUUGCGAAGAUAUCCUACAAGGAUUAUUCAAAAUUGAUAUGUCUGCGAGGAAAGGUGCAAUUUAUGCUAGAUGGAUCAGUAUUUUUUUUGGAGCGCUUAGUUUUGCUUUGGUUUUCGUUGUGGAACAACUUGGCAGUGUUCUUCAAGUUGCAUUAUCAUUCAAUGGUAUGGUUGGAGGCAUCACAUUAGGAUUAUUCUCUUUGGGGAUGUUCAUCCCAUGGGCAAAUGCCAAAGGCGCAAUUACUGGUGCCAUCAUCAGUUUGAUAAUCAUCCUGUGGAUUGGUCUGGGAGCUCAAAUUGCUGUUUUAAAUGGACAAAUUUACUUGGACAGCAAACCUGUGUCAAUUGAUAAGUGUUCUAAUAAUAGUUUAAUCACAAAUUUCAAUCAUCAGUCAAGUAACAAUCAUAAUGAAACUUAUUCCAUAUAUAAAAUCAGUUAUUUAUGGUAUAGUGCAAUAGGAUGCAUCCUAACAAUGUUGAUAGGUGUGAUCAUAAGCUUUUUCACAGGUGUUCAAAAUCCAGCUGAUCUUGAUCAAGAUCUUUUGAGUCCACCUAUUGCUUCUUUGUUUCAUGUGCAAACAAAACCGUGUGCUAAUAAAGUACAUGGUAUCACAAACUUUGGUCUGGAAUUAGAUGAUGAAAAAUCUCAAAUGGAAAAUGCCAAAAGUCCAAAGAUAUAAAGAAAAGUAUCUAUUAUGUAUAUAAAAAUAGAUUUUGCAACUAAAAGUUGCAUUCUGAGUGAUUAUUUGAAUGCAUUCUGAGUGAUUAUUUGAAUUAUUUUAGAAAAUUAUAUGAAUAUUUUAGAAGAUUAUAAGGAUAUUCCAAAGAAUUGUUUAAAAGCAGUAGUUCCUAAUAUUGUAACAGUCCAUUCAUUAUUUUUAUUUCUUUAAGGUUGUUUUAUAGUAAGCUAGAAAUAUUGACUGCACUAGAAAAUUCUAUGUGUUAGUUUUUAAUGGAGCUUGCUGAAUAGUGAAUUUAUGAAUACAGAAAUGAUCUUGAAUUCAGUUUCUGAGAGCUAAGUAGUUAUUCCACAAGGUUCCAUAUGUAAUUUAAUCAUGUUAGAAAUUUAAGUUUUUUCAAGUACAAUUAUAAAUUGCUUCAUUUUGAUAAACAUUCUAUAAAUAUGAUGAAUUAAAAAAAUUGACUAUUAAGAAAUAUUUCUAUCUUGACAAUAUUUCUAUCUUGAAAAAUAGAUAAAAACAGAUUGUAAAUUUAAAGUUUUGAAAUUCAAAUGUUACAGAAUGAAGCACAGAUAAUUAAAUCAAAAUAAUCUCUUUGAUAGAGAUUCCUUAUUUUCUUAAAACUCAAUUAAAUACCUUUUAGAGUAUUAAUCAUGAAAAAAAAAUAUUAUUUAUGGAAUAAAACAAUACAACAAAAAUAGCCAGUGCAUAUUCAGGAAUUAAAUACAGUUAAAAAUGAAAAUAGUUUAUUAAUUUAGAGAGAGACUAUUUAUGAAUAUUCAGAGAAGACUUCUUGCCAGGAGAUGAUUUGUAAAGGCGUAAAAUAGUUUAUUUAUAUUGCUAGUUGUUAUAUCUAUUAUAUACUUAAUAUAUUUUGCGAAUUUCAACCAUUUCUGAACGAGAAAAUUCUCGUGGGCGGUUUUAAAAUAAAAUUAUUAAAUUUU